GGUGAGCUCAGCACCGUCCACAAAAGCUGGAAUGAAAAAACCCAAAAUGGACAAAAGCUGUCAAAAAUGCUUUUAAUACACCGACGUUGCUGAUUGCUGUGGUCUGAGGAGGACAUACAGCCACCAUGGUGAAUUCAGGGAUAUGCUGUGCCAACCUCAAGGACAACAAAGCCUUGAUGAAGAUGGGGCUGGCCUUGGUUCUGGUGGGCCAUGUCAACUUUCUUCUGGGCGCACUGGUGCACGGCGCUGUGCUCCGACACAUCAAGAUUCAGGCCACACUCCGGACUAUUGUGUACACCACCUCUAAUGUCAUCGCCAUUGUGGAAGGCUUGGUGGGAAUUAUUUGUGGAAUAAUAGCUAUUUUCUUGUCCAAAAACAAGAAAAACAGGAUCCUGAAGUGGGUUCUGUUGUUCUGCAGCUUUCUGGCAGGUCUCUUGGGAAUUGCUGCUGCCCUGUCCUUGUCAAUUUCUACAAUCAAAGCCAUUAUUCAUGAAGGAAAAAGCCUUCUAGAGCUCUGCCAGACUCAGGACAUCGACUCAUCCAGCAUUACCAACGAAUGUCCCUUUGACCCCACUCGUCUCUAUGGAACCACCAUCAUCCUGUGGGUGCCGCUCAUCGUGAUGUCCAUCGUGGAACUGGUGUUCUGCUUCCGCUGCUUUGCUGCCUGCACUUCAUUUCUGUACCUGUGCCCAUGCAGGAGGAAGCCGGUGCUGGCUCGGAGGGUGCGUAUCCAGGCUAGAACUGAAAUCCCAACACCCCGCCCAGAACCAGAUGAAGAGACGGGAGCUGAAGAAGAGCCCGUAGAGCAGGAUGAGCUCCUGGACAGGAAUACUGUGGUGGAGCAGAGCGACUGGCUCUGAAACCGUCGGAUCUGAAAGGCUGCAGUUCCGACGGCCUCGACGAGACAGAACUCAGGGGAUGAAUAAACAGAUUCCAGAGCCGCGUCUGUUACACCUCAAACGUUCCAAGACUUUUGGACUUAAGCAAACAAAGUUGUUGUAAUUUAUAUUUUGUCUUUUAGUGGCGGGGUGGAUUUUUUUUUUCUUUUUGAAUGAAUCUCUCAGAUUUUACUCUUUUAUGCGAUAAAAUGUUUGUAUCUUGUUUGAUGUUUUGAAAAAUGAGCCACUUGUAUGUCUUUUGUAAAACUGCAUCACCAUCAACCAAAAAUCACAUUUUCUACACUGAUUAAAAAGGAAAAAAACAUUUUAAUAAAAUUGCAACUCAUGG